AUGGUCACCAAGAAGAUCUUUGGCUUCAUGGUCGUGAUCAUGUUUCUCUUGAGUUGCACCUCGGCUAAACUAUACACAGUCGGUGGUGACUAUGGAUGGACUAUCAAGGACGACUCUUGGGCUGAACAUAAGAAAUUCCACGUCGGAGAUUCCCUCGUCUUUGAGUACGAUCAAGACAUCAACGACGUCGCUCAAGUUUCCAGCGCCUUAGAGUAUGAUUCAUGCAAUUCUUCUUCUCCUAAAGUUGUUUACAACACCGGAUACGAUGUUGUAACCUUCAAGGAACCAGGACAUCACUACUUCAUCACCUCAAAUGAAUUUCAAUGCCGCGUCUCGGGACUUAAAUAUGACGUUUUUGUCGUCAAUGACAUGUCACCUCCGAUUCCUUCACCACCACCACCGAGCAAGGUCCAUGAACCGUCACGUCCGGCUCCUCCACCAUCACCAAGCAAGAACCAUGCCCCUUCACGUCAGAUUCCUCCUCCACCACCGAGCAUGAACCAUGAACCGCCACGUCCGACUUCUCCGCCACCACCACCCCCGAGCAAGAGAGGAAAGAUCUACAAGGUAGGUGAUUUUAAAGGAUGGANCGUCUUUGAGUACGAUCAAGACAUCAACGACGUCGCUCAAGUUUCCAGCGCCUUAGAGUAUGAUUCAUGCAAUUCUUCUUCUCCUAAAGUUGUUUACAACACCGGAUACGAUGUUGUAACCUUCAAGGAACCAGGACAUCACUACUUCAUCACCUCAAAUGAAUUUCAAUGCCGCGUCUCGGGACUUAAAUAUGACGUUUUUGUCGUCAAUGACAUGUCACCUCCGAUUCCUUCACCACCACCACCGAGCAAGGUCCAUGAACCGUCACGUCCGGCUCCUCCACCAUCACCAAGCAAGAACCAUGCCCCUUCACGUCAGAUUCCUCCUCCACCACCGAGCAUGAACCAUGAACCGCAACGUCCGACUUCUCCGCCACCACCACCCCCGAGCAAGAGAGGAAAGAUCUACAAGGUAGGUGAUUCUACGAGAUAA